AUGGAGAAGCUUCAUACAUAUGAUUUCUGUGGUGGUGAUGGUUAUGAUGCUGUAGUUGUUGGCUCCGGAUAUGGAGGUUCCGUUGCUGCUUGUAGGCUGUCCAUGGCAGGUUUUAACGUGUGUUUGUUCGAGAAAGGUCGUAAAUGGGAAGCUAAGGAUUUUCCAUCAGACAGUUUCAAGAUUUUUUCUACUGUUAGAUUGGAAAACAAGAACAUGGGAAUCAACAUCGGCCCUAAAGAUGCGCUGUUUCAGAUACAUAUACAAGACGAUUCUCUUGCAGCGACGGCCUGUGGCUUAGGUGGAGGCUCACUUGUAAAUGCAGGAGUUAUACUACCUACAACAGUUCGUGCACGACGUGAUCCUAGAUGGCCUGAGCCCUGGGAAAAAGACUGGGACAGAAACGAGGCCUUAGUAUCGGAGAUGCUAAAUGUACAGAGUGUUCCAACGGUGUUCCAGAAUUCCAACAUCAUGCAACAAGUGGUCGACAAUGAGUAUGAUCAGAGCAUCCACGAGCAAAUAAAACUGAGCAUAAACUUCGAUGUGGAAGAUUCUAGAAAGUUCCAGCAACCAGUAAAUUGUCUAGCAUGUGGAAACUGCCUUGCUGGAUGUCCUUACAAUGCUAAAAACUCUACUGAUAAAACUUAUUUGGUCUCAGCCAUUGAAGCAGGAUGCGCCAUAAAAACAGAAAGUGAGGUUCAGUAUGUGGUGAGAAACGACGAUUACAUCUAUAGAGAAAAAGGAGGCUUUAAAGCUAGAAGCAAACGACGAUGGCUUGUAUUUCUCAAUGAAUUUGACUAUGUGGCAUCUGACAUAGUUAUACUUUCAGCUGGAGUAAUUGGUACAACAAAAAUACUUUUCCAGUCGCGUUUGAGAGGAUUGUCAACGUCAGAGAAGCUUGGCUCGGGAUUGAGCUGCAAUGGGAGUAAUGUGGCCUACUUGGCUGGAAGCUCAGCUCCUUUAAACGCUUAUGGACUAAACGAAACACAGUUUUCUGGUCUACCUUUUCAAGAGAGACCUGGACCUUCCAUUUCUUCAUCGUAUACUUCAUCGUUGGGGUUCACCAUUCAGAGUGCUGUUAUUCCCACUGCAUAUCCGCGUUCCCUAUUCAAAGGAAUCACAACUUACAAAUGGCAAUCUAGCAACUGUUUCUUACACGUCGUGAUAGAUGUUUUAAUGCGAGCUGUAGGCUUGAAACGCGGCCAAGAUAUGGUUCUGAAUGUAAUGGGAUAUGAUGACAGCAGUGGACAGCUCACUUUUGAUAAAGAUGCAAAUAAGAUCGAAUUUUGCCCUCCGUGUGAUCCUCUGCUUCCGCACAAGAUUGAAGCUUUCCAAAAACUUGCAAAGAAGCUUGGAGGAACUCUGUUCGUGUCACGGUACAGGAGCACUUCCGUGCAUCUAUUAGGAGGUUGUAUUGCAGCAUCCGACGCUUCAUCUGGUGUCUGCAAUCCGGAUGGUCAAGUUUUUGAUGGCUCGUCUCUAAAAGGGGUGCACGCUGGACUUUAUGUAUGUGACGCCUCCAUAAUACCUUGUUCGGUUGGGAUCAAUCCGUGUCUCACUAUUGCUGCUGCAGCCGAGCAUGUGAGUAGGAAGCUAGUCCAGAAUGGCGCAAAGAAGUAUAUUCAAGAUUUUGGGGAACGAGUGCUCAACUCAAAAAUUAAGAUGGAGACGAGCUGUGACGACUCAGAAGUUGUGGCAAAAGAAACAAUGCGAGGGCAAGUUAGUGGAAUGCCAUGCACAGCUUAUCUGAAGCUGAGGUUCAAACGUGCACGAGCUGGGAAGUGUUGUUCCCUUCUGCAAGGCGUAGUAGGAGGCCACAUCAUAUGCAAGAGUGUAGAAAUGGAGAAGAUGCAUAUCAUUCAUGGAGAAGUUGAAUUGUGCAAAACAAAUAGCAGAACACCUUAUACACAGUAUAUGCAUUAUCAUCUCCUCCUUGCAGCUUCAUCUGGUUCAAGAUAUGUUCUUGAAGGGAGAAAGGUAAUGAACCCUUACCUACUAGCGUUAUACGCAUGGAGAGAGUCGACCACAUUGGAUGUUAAACUCAGUGAUCAAACGGGAGAUAAGAUGACGAAUCUAAAAGGGAAGCUUCACAUUUCUGCGCUAGAGCUUCUGAAAUGCAUGUGCUCUCUUGAGGGCAGAAGCAGGAUUGAGUUCUUGUCUCUUUUAACGCUAUCCCUCAUUAGGACUUACAUACUUCAAGUACCGCGAACAAGCCACGAGAGCUUCAACGCCUCGGAUUUCACUCAAAGACCCUAUCCUAGUAGCAAGAUUCAUGAAAUCAAGACAGAAGAUGACUUCAUAAUCAGCUGUGAGCAAUGGCGAAGCCACCAAUCACGACGCUCAACGAAACAUUAUUAUCCCCUCCUGCUACUCAAUGGCUACUCAACUGAAUGCUUUUCCCUACCAACUGAGCCAAAUGAUCUUGUAAGAACUUUUCUACAAGAGGGGCACGAUGUACUGCUACUACGAACGAGGUUGCACCCCUUGAACGCCUCAGACGACUUCUCUAUUGAAGAUAUUGGCAAAAUAGACAUUCCAGCUGCAAUGCUAAAGAUCGUCGAGUUGUAUGGGGAAUCCAUAAAAGUACACGUCGUUGCACAUUGCGUGGGAGGCUUAUCCAUCCACAUAUCUAUAAUGGGAGGCCAUGUUUCAGCCAAGCACAUUGCCUCCCUGUCUUGUACAAACUCUUCAAUGUUCUUCAAGCUCACUGCGUCCGCAUCCAUCAAAAUGCGGCUGCCCCUUAUUCCAAUCUCGAUGAGGAUAAUGGGGAAGAACAAGACACUGCAUCUCUUACAAACAUCAACCACGAACAUCAGACAUCGCCUCCUGAAAUCUGUAGCGCGCCUAAUCCCGCGCCAGGAAAGAUGCACGUGUGAUGAAUGUGAGGUCUUCUCAGGCAUAUUUGGCAACACAUUCUGGCACGAGAACGUCAGCCAUGCGACACAUCAAUGGAUGAACAAGGAGAAUCAGACAAAGCUUCCAAUGGCAGGAUUCUCCCACCUGAGAAAGAUCUGCAAUGCCGGCUUCAUAGUAGAUAGCAGCGGAAGCAACACGUAUCUCAUCCACCCCGAGAGGAUGGCGCUGCCAACGCUCUACAUAUCAGGCGAAAGAGUGAUCCUCGUCACUCCAGAAACUUCUUUUCUUGCUAAUAAAUACAUGAAGCUGCAUCAGUCUGGUUAUAGGCAUGAGAGGGUGGUGGUCGAUGGCUUCGGCCACUCUGACAUUUUGAUCGGAGAGGAAUCGCAUGAAAAAGUAUUUCCACACAUUCAGAGGCAUAUCGAGUUGGCCGAAGACGAGCAAGAUUCAUUGAGGAAGAGGCACAGAAAUAACGAGGCCGUAGCAUGGAGUGAUGAUCCGUAUAAAGAUGGUGCAGGAUUUGGGAGCUGCAUCAUCAUACUAUUGCUUGUGCUUCUCUUCAUAGCAGGAUUUUAUUGGUGUUAA